CACCCGGUGUACUUCACACAUAAUCACUCUUUAUUCCGUCCAACUCCCUCUCUUGAUAUUUUUAUUUUUCCUGCUAUUAAAAAAAGGAAAGAAGGAAAGGGCCAGCAUGAAGAGCAUUUCUUUCAUCAGUCUGUUCGCAUCGACCCUAGUCGUCAGCACCAGUGCAAUCCCGCACGUUAAUAGCCUCUUCGGAAGAGCCACUACUACUCAGGAUCCCUGCUAUACGGAGAAGUAUGGGAAGGGGUACUGCCAAAAACCAAAGUAUUGCAAGGGUAUAUUCGUCAGGGGAGCAUAUUGCGGGGGCGAAGACGGCAACUACGAGAAUCAAUGCUGUGUAGAGCUCGUGUGUAAAGUGCCCGCGGGUGCGGGAUACUGCCGUGUGAAAGACAGAGGUUGUCCCGGUGGAAAAUUCCAACCCAGUGAUCCUGGACCUUCCGAAUGGCCCUGCACCGGUGAAAACACCCAAUGCUGUGUCCCGGACAAAACAUCCUCCCCCCCCUCGCCCGACUCGGACACCUCCACCACCAACACCAACAAUACAUCAGAGCACGUCGGCGGUGACGGCCGUAUCAACCAAGAGGCAAUCAAAAUGAUUAAAAAACUCGAAGGCUUCCGCGGCGAUAUAUACAAAGACCAAGUCGGCGUAGACACAAUCGGCUACGGACACAACUGCGUGACAGCGCCGGGCACCUGCGAAGCCCUGAAUCCACCCAUCACCGAGAAGGAGGCCGAAGACUUGAUGAUGAAGGAUAUGGAACAGUUCGAGAAAUGCGUCUGCGAUUUGCCGAAUUCGGAGGAGCUUACUUCUAACCAGUUUUGUUCAAUGGUUAGGUAUGUUUGCACUUUUUUUUUUUUUGCAUUUCCUUGCACUAGAAUCCAACCCUAUUCGGGGCUCCUGGACUAA